AUGCCAGAUGAACCGAGCAAUGCAGAUGGAAAGAAGUCCACGGAAGGGUCAUCGCAAACACAGUGGCAAUUCAUCGACGCUUCUGACAACAGUCGGAGUACUUUGACAAAAGUAAAGCGUCAUGUUAUGCAGGAAUAUAUGCGUCAAAAGCGUCACGCCGCAGGACAGUCCGGUGCUGAAACUGGAGAAAGCGCAUCGCAAAGCCGGGGUCUAGAACAAAGGCCAGGGCCGCCAAAAAAGGGUAUUGAUAAGGCCAAGUAUACAAAUGUAACUCGACAGAUGGACUUUCGCGAUAGUGAUAAAUCGCGUGCAUUCGGGGCCCACGUGCAACGACACAAUGCUGAGUACCCUCCAGACUACUUACAAGAGCAACCGGAGCUGAAGAAGACCGUGGAUACUCCUGCAAUAGAGGACAAGGUCCUUCCAGUAUCUGAUCCUGUCUUUCAGUUGACACACGGAGAAACACCGUUCCGAAGUCAGGUAUUCUAUUCGUCUUCAAAUCCUUCAAUGGCCUAUUCCCUGUCUCAGAGCAGCAACUCAGACACCAGUGCUCUGACACCAUCGUCGUCUGCUCCGACAUCACCAGGCGCUAUGAUGCUAUCACCCAAAUCGAUUCUAAGCGCCGCACGUACCGAUCCCUUCAACAGCCUGCCACUCGAGCUGGACCUUGAAGGCCAGAGACUCUUUGACUUCUAUGUCAACGAAAUGCCUGCUUGCUCGUAUGGUACUCAUUUUCGGUCACCUAAGGCGCACAACUGGUAUACGGCAGUCUUUGUCCCCGAAGGCAUGAAAGGUCCGGUGGCGUUUCAGAAUACAAUUCUUGUCCACGCUGCCAACACCUGGGUGUGGGUUCGCGAUGAGGAGCCCGAUGAAACCGCUCUGGUUCAUCGUGAUCGCGCAAUUACCAUGCUUAGGGAGCAUAGGGAACGGAACCCAGGUGAUGUUUCCGAUGAAGCAAUUAUAGCCUGUCUCAGCGCUGCAGGGCUUGAAGACUUCGACCCUCGUCCGGGCCACAAGCAAAUUAGCUGGCUUCAUAUGCGAGCUGCAAGAGAGAUGAUUCGCGUCCGUGGAGGCCCAUCUGCCUUUGAGAACACACGACUAGGAAUGCUGAUCAAUUGGCAAGAUUACAUUCUCUCGGGCUAUGAAACUGAGGGACCUAGCUUUUUCUUCGAAUAUGACCCUCCAGCCACAUCGCAAAGAACGGCGCCUUAUGCCGAACGGAUCGAUCCGUACCCGGUGUCUGCUCCAGGGAUUGUGCCGUAUACUACAUCCUUUACCGACCGUCAUCCACUCUCCCCGUUGGAAGAAAUCCAAGAUCAGUGCAACGAAUUUAUUGACUUCCUUAAACGUUGUGAGCAGCUCGCUAUCCACCAGCUCAAAGACCUUGACUUGGCUACGGCGCCAGUGCGCCUAACCGCCUUCCGACAGAAAUCCUUGUUAUAUCAGAUACUCGCAUCGCCUCCGGGACUGCGCUUCACAGCAUCAGGAAACCGCAAGCAAUUUGUUGCACGGUUGGUUGCGUUAAUCAUGCUUAAUGCUGGCUUGUGGGAUUACCGGGGCUCCGUUCUGUGUAGCGAGGCCUUUCUCAGGGGCUUGGAGCAGGCUGUCUUGGAUAGCGAAGUGAAAAUGAGCGGUUCAGUUGAGGCAUUGCUGCAGAUAAUGCUCGAGUGUGAUGAUGCAUCGAUUAAGAUCCCUGACACGAUACGCUAUUCACUGCUUCAUAGUGGCUCGCCCGACUUUACGCAAUAUUCCCCGACCGCACAGACACCUUACGGUCGGCCGUGGUUCGCAGGACGAAUGCUCAAAGUAGCCAAACGGCUCAGCUUCGAUAGCUGGAUGAAUGUGAACUACUUUCUUUUUUCCUGCUUGACAUUAGACCCCAGCAUACCCUCCGUUUCGCUUUGGGAGGGUGACUUGCGGCAAGAGAUACUAAGUGCGCCUCUCACUAAUUAUGUGAUGCCCUCCCUGCAUGGUCAAUGA